CAGAGGAAGGGGUGGAGGCAGCCCCGGCCUGGCCACUGCGGUAGCGGCUUUGAGUGAGUGCGGGAGCUGCAGAGACCGAGACGCUGCGGCUGCCGCAGGAGGAGUUGCAGCCAAACUCGUCGCGACGCCCGGAGGGAGCGUCCCGGGAAGGAGAGGGAGAGGAGGCACUCGCUGAGGAGACGCCGCAGUAGAGGGCGCCUCCGGAGUCGCACCGAACCUGGGCAUGCAGGCGACGCCCCCCAGGGGCCGCUCGCGGCUGGACGGCAGCGGGAGAAGUCGCGGAGCGGCGGUCGAGCCCGGCACGAUGAGCGACGAGGGCAGCUCCAACUUCAGGCGGGUGGCGAUCCGGCGGAAGUCCAACCCCUCCUACCUGCCGCCGGGGGUCCCCCGGCCCUGGAGCAGUCCUGCGUCGCACCUGGGACGUGCGGGGACGGCUGCCUUCAAGGGCCAGGUGCCCUCAGGCACCACAGGUAGCAGCAGUACCUGUCCAAAGAUCGCUUUAAUUCCGCCUUGCUCCAUAAGCAGCACAACCACACUGGUUGGUGAGAAUGUAUCUGAAGAAGAGGCUCAGGGAAUAAAUGGGAACAGGCCAGCGAAACACUCAGCUGCCAGUCCAAAGCCACAAGUGCCUCCAAAGCCAUUACACCUGCAGAAUUCACCUUCGUCCAAUAUACACCAAACCCCCAGGCAUAAAGCUUUACCUAGUGCAAAACCAAGGAUGGAGGAAAUUAAACCUGCCCCUGCUUCUUGUGUCUCAAAAGAAAAACCCAGUAAGGUAUCAGAUCUCAUCAGUCGCUUUGAAGGAGGCAGCAUUAUCAAAUGUUAUAGUGAUUGGAAGAAAUCGUCUGUUGAACAUCCAUAUGCUUCGGAAACCCCAGGCACACCCCACAAAACUCCUCUCCCCCCAGUGCAACUUCUGAGGAGGGUGUUGCAGGAAAAUGAGACAGAUAAGACUCAGGGUGCACAGACUUUGUGUGGCCAAUGUGUAAUGCCAGCAAAAACCAGAUGGAUGGAGGAGGAGGAAAGCGCCACUCUUAGCCCAGAUACUUCGAUUCAAGCUUCUGAAACCCUGCUUGAUACCGCACAUUAGGGAAUUGGAGAAAGAGAGAAACUGCCACAGCUCGCCUGCAUCACCCACAGCAGGGAGACUGGAGGAAAAUGCCUUCGAACAGUAGCUAACAGGACUCCAGGCAUAGGGCCAGGCUCCCCCUAGAAGAAAGGAGCGGGCAGAACAGAAACCAAGGUACAAAAGAGGCAAACGGAAAGCCCCCUCUGAACGGAGCAGCUGGACGCACAUGGAGAUAAGGAGACUAAUGAGCAAAAACUUUUUUUUUUUUUUUUUUUACUUUUGCUUACCGAAAGAGCUUAUGUCAACCGACUUGACCUUUUUAUUCAGGUAUUUUAUUGCUUUUUUUUUUUUUUUUUAAACCGAGGCUCGUUUCCAGCAGAGAUGGUGAAUAAAAUCUUUUUUUUUUUUUUUUUUUUAAAUGCCUUCCAUAGUAAAUUCCUCUUGCCAGAGCUGGAGAAAUUUUUUUUUUUUUUUUUAGAGGAGUGGGAAACUACUCCUAGAAUUGGAGACAUCCUUCAUUUUUUUUUUUUUUUUUUUAAGAUGUAUGGAGAAUAUGUGAAAGGAUUUGAUAACGCAAUUUUUUUUUUUUUUUUUUUGACAGAACGUAUUCCCCAAUUCAAAUCAGUGGUUGAAGAAAUUUUUUUUUUUUUUUUUUUUCAUUCAAAGCUCUGUGGGAGCUUAACUUUGCAGCAUCACAUGCUAGAACCUGUUUUUUUUUUUUUUUUUUAUGAGAUGCUCCUUAAGGACUAUCUAAGGAAAUUGCCUCCUGAUUUUUUUUUUUUUUUUUAUGCUAAAAGUAAUUUUUUUUUUAUAUCUACAGCAGCAAGCCAUUCUAAUAGUGCAAUAAGAAAAAUGGUAAGUGUUUUUAAACUCUUAGAGAUUUAUGAAAUGUUGGGAGAAGAAGAAGACAUUUUUUUUUUUUUUUUUGAACUAAUAAAAGAAGGACAGAUCCUCAAACUAGCUGCUCGGAACACAUCAGCACAAGAACGCUACCUUUUCUUAUUCAACAACAUGUUGCUGUACUGUGUGCCCAGAUUCAGCUUGGUAGGCUCUAAAUUCACAGUUCGAACCAGGGUUGGCAUUGAUGGAAUGAAAAUUGUAGAGACUCAAAAUGAAGAAUAUCCACAUACUUUCCAGGUAUCUGGGAAAGAGAGAACACUGGAACUGCAGGCCAGUUCUGAGCAAGACAAAGAAGAGUGGAUCAAGGCCCUUCAAGAAACCAUCGAUGCUUUUCAUCAAAGGCAUGAAACCUUCAGAAAUGCAAUUGCAAAGGAUAAUGACAUUCACUCAGAGGUUUCUACUGCUGAGCUAGGGAAAAGAGCCCCAAGAUGGAUCCGAGAUAAUGAAGUGACAAUGUGUAUGAAAUGUAAAGAGCCUUUCAAUGCACUGACACGAAGGAGGCAUCAUUGUCGAGCAUGUGGAUAUGUGGUUUGUUGGAAAUGCUCCGACUACAAAGCUCAACUUGAAUAUGAUGGUGGUAAAUUGAGCAAAGUUUGUAAAGACUGUUAUCAAAUCAUAAGUGGAUUCACAGACAGUGAAGAAAAGAAAAGAAAAGGAAUUUUAGAGAUCGAAUCAGCAGAAGUAUCUGGAAACAGUGUGGUGUGCAGCUUUCUUCAGUAUAUGGAGAAGUCAAAACCUUGGCAGAAAGCUUGGUGUGUGAUCCCCAAGCAAGACCCUCUUGUGCUGUACAUGUAUGGUGCCCCCCAGGACGUCAGAGCCCAGGCCACCAUUCCCCUUCUGGGCUAUAUGGUGGAUGAAAUGCCAAGGAGUGCAGACCUGCCACACAGUUUCAAACUGACCCAGUCUAAGUCUGUGCACAGCUUUGCUGCAGACAGUGAGGAACUGAAGCAGAAGUGGCUGAAAGUCAUCCUUUUGGCUGUCACAGGUGAGACACCAGAUGGUCCAAAUGAGCAUCCAGCUACCUUGGAUGAUCAUCCUGAACCUAAGAAAAAAUCAGAAUGCUGAACUCCUCAGGACCAACCACGGUGUGGAGGUCUCAAGACUUACAGCUCAAGACAUUCCCAGCUCUUCUUACACAUCUGCUAGCACUUUAUGUUGAAAAAUAUAGGCUCAUAAAUGCAUCUUUUGAGGACUGUUUUCCUAUGUUUAUGUACUCUUAGUGAAAUUAGUGUGCAGAGUCAUUCUACCGAUAAAGUUUUGAAAUAAUGUGAAAACUGGAGCAUUUUUUGAGCUAUUCCUUGAAUAUGUGCUUUUUUGUCUUGAAGAAAUGGUAUCAAUUGAUUCUGUCACUGUCAGGUUAGAAUGAGCACUUUGAUUUAAGAAAUCCUUUCAUGUCUUCUCUUUCACAUGUAGGACCUGGAACCGUUUGAAAGAUAUACCUCCAUGUUACCAAAAUAGAUCCGUGGUGAAAAAUACAGGGACAGUUUAGGCUAUUGUAUUAACUUAUUAAAUUUAGUUUAUAAAUCUUUAGCUGCAUAAAUGAUGUCUGUUCUUUUAAAACAAAAGGACAAAUUGUUGUGUUCAGAUUUUGGAUUUAUGAAGAAGAGAUAACUUGUUUUUGUAGAAAUACUCCUAAGAAUAUCUUAAGUAUAUAGCAAUUAUGUAUAUAUAGUAUUGAAUAUACAUAUUAUACAUGCUUUUCUCUUUAGCUUUGGGUUCACAUUCAUCUCUAAUUUAUUUUUUAAAUAUAAAGCAUGGUUUAUCUUGGAAUUGAGCAAUGUUCUAAACUGAAGAAAUGUUUUGGUGAUUUAUGUUUUGCUGAUUGGCAUUUGAGGGUAUUGAUAUUUUUAUAAUAAGCGGUAAUUUAUGUGGCAUGGGAUAUAUUUGUGAAUUCCAACAAUACUUUUAAAGUACCAUUUUUUGUUUCUGUGCCUAUUUAAAACAGUGCCUCUCUUAGAAGGUGCUAUUAAUAUAAGAUGAGGGUUCAGUUAAUGCUUCAGUCUUGAUUAUUCUAAGAUUAAAGUGCAUUUUGGUCACUGGGACAGUCAAAGUUGUACAGGUUAUUUUACCUUUUACAAUCCUAUAAUUGUUGCAGUAGUUAACAUCAGCAUGUACAAAAAUUUUCACCAAAACCCAAACUUUAUGAGACACCUGACCUUUUACAGAACUAGGAUAUGUGGAAACCACAUUUAUUGUAAUGUUUUUCUUUUCCAUAAGAUGAUUGAGCAUGGUUAAAUGAGGUCUCUAUAUAAUGAGCACUUAAGAUAACUGUGUGGGCCUUUUCCUUUGUCCGAAUGAAACAAAAUCCACAUGUGAUAACCUAUGUUUGGGGCAGGAGCUGGUCACAUGGUUCCUUGUCAUGAAGGCUGCUCUUCACUCUGUUGUACUCGUGAUUAAAAUCUCACACUGUUUACUAUUUAACUUAAUCCUUUUCUCAAAUUAAACCUUUUUUUAUACUGUCAUACCCCAAGCAUUCUCACUUUUUAAUGUACCAGUCUGCUAGAAAUCUACAAGAACGACCCCACUAUCUUUAGUAUGUAAGGAUUACACCUUAGAUGUAGAAUAGAAUUUGAGACUGCCACACAUUUGUUCAGGCCUUGUUACUUUAUGAAAUAUCUUAUUUUUUCCACCCCAGAGGAGCAAGUGAACCAAUUAUUACUGACAUAAUUAGGUUCCCUUCCUCCCUAAAAGGAAUAUCAGCCAUGAUCAUUAACAUUAAACCAAAUACAUGGAGCCAAAAAGAGAUAAAAGUGGCUUCUUAGGCCCUAUUAAAUCAGGGAAAGACUAGAAGAAAAUUGACAUUGCUUCUCUUUUUUAAUGGCCAACGGGGUAUGUGUGUGAUAUAUACUCAGAGUGGUUUUUUGGAAAAUUAAACUAUAGCUAUAGACGAUGCUUUGGUUUUCUUAAUCUCAAGAAAAGAGAAGCAAUGGAAAUAUAGAAUGAUUAGCAGGGGAAGAGGACUUUUUAAAGUGUGGCUAGAACAGUGGUAAUGUAUGGGCCAAUGGGAAGAUUUAUGAGUCAGAUUAUUUUUGAAAACUAUUUUCAAAAGCAAGAAGACUACACUUUCCCUACCAAAACAGAAGUAACAUGAACACACUUAAGUUUUGGCUCAAUAAAUAUCAAUGUUACUUAACUUAGAUCAUUGAAAGAAUACUCAUGUAAAGAUAAUGUUUAUUAUCAUGCUUUUAACAGUUAUUAUCUUUAAUUUUUUAAAUGAGAAGCAGUAAUACUAGAAGAGAAUUUCCAGUUAUCUGGUCACCGUAUUCACUUUCCACCCCACAUUCUUCAGCUAAACACAAAGAGAAGCAGUGAAACAACCUUACCUGCUCCUCUCUUAUUAAAGAAUCACUGAUGUUUUUACUCAAUGAAAGGUAAAGGAAUUCUGUUAGCCAUUAAACAAUUCAACCAAGAGACCUCAAAGUGUGAUUGAUGAUAAGAAUAAUCAAUGCCUUUUCCUUUCCAAGAUACUUCAGCAGUUAUGACAAACUGAACCUAAAAAUAUCAUUGGUUGCUUUCCCAUUAAAACCAACGUUCCCUGUGGGUCUUAAUUCUUUAUUUUCACUCAUUUGGUGCUUUCCAAGUCAUCUUUUCUUUAAAGUGCCCUUCCUCCAAACUUUACAAAGUACUUCCUUGACAGAAUUGCUGUUCAUUACAAAACAUUUCAAUAUUUUAAGCUUAAAUUUUGCUUUUGCUGAAAGCCUACCAUUUGGCAUGUUAAGUAUGAAAUAUAGUGCAGACUUUUAUCUUGGUUUUAAGUGGGGCUCGAUAAGAAAAAACACCAGCCACUUUUGUAAUAAUGGCAUCACAGUGUCAUCAUGUAUGCAAGCAAUAAAACUCUUCAGGGUAUGGUUUUAUACCAAAAAUUUCAUAUGAAGGCCUCUUGCCACAAGAAUAUAGAGAAUUAUAUUAACUUUCUAGAUGUGAUACAGUAAUUCAAAUUGCAGAGUAUAAGGAAGGGAGAUGGGAAGGGGCAUCUUUCCUUGGAUUUUAAAUAACUCUCAAGAACAGUUUUACUUUAACAAAGUAAACGGAUAGAAAAAGCACAUUUUGUUUUCCAUGAAGUUUAAUUUGACAUCAGGUUUGUGUACUUAUCUUCUAGGUGACUUACCCCAAUUUUUUAAAAAAUUAUUAAACUUUUUACAGAAACUAACCUUUUAAAUGUACCCUUUCCCCAUAUAUAUACACAUACACAUUAGGAUUUUUUUUUUUUUUAAGAGCACUUGUUCUAGUUAUAAAUGUAUAAAGAAAAUGAUAAAGUUUGUGGUACUGCAGGGUUGUUAAAGAUUCUUUGAUGCCUUCUAAAAACUUUUAUCAAAAAUUCUUUUGAGUUCACAAUUCUGUUUUACUUUUCCUUGUCCCUGUUUUUGGAAACAGGGGUUGUUGCUUUUGUUUUCUGGUUCUAUUCAAAGCCUUAAGUUCUUAAUCUGAGCAUAUUGCCUGUGAUACAUUUCUGAUGAUCUUUCUGGACUAGAUACAUCCUGAGUAGCAAGCACCAACCGGAGCAAGUAAACUUCUAGGGAACAAGUGUCUUGGGUUUUACAGGUAUCUUUGCUAUAAUGCAAAGUAGAUUAAUGAAGAUUUCCUAUAUCAUAUGAUAUUUGUGUUAGUGGGUCUAAGAUUAAGCACAUGGUAUUUAUAAGCUAAAAUUAAAAGGCAAGAAUGUCUUCAUGUUUUCAUUCUUAAAUUUUGUAUUCUCCAAGAAUGUAUUAGUAUAUGAACUGUGGCCAACCAGUUCCUGUUCUUUGGACUGUAUAGACGUCUGUAGUGGAUCGUGUUGCUUCCUCAUUCUUACCAAUUUUAUUAGAAUCAAACUACUUGUUAUUUUCAUACUAUUAUCUACUAUAGAUUCUCAGCUUUAGAAAAUGACUAUGAUACAUAAAGACCACUAGGUCAACUUAAAAACCCUUUCUGUGAAUUUAUACAUGUAUGUAUAUAUGUAAAAACACUGUUGAUUUCCAAUUCUGUCUUUCCAUAGAAAUGAAGUUUUUCUAUCGAAAUUGUUUAACUUAAAUAUUUUAACAUAAAUUAUUACAUGGAUCUUUAUGUAUAAUUCAUCCUUAUAUAUACCCCUUAAUCACAUAGUCAUGAGAAGAUAACUUGCUUUCUUUACAGAAAGGGCAGAGAGGAAUAAGAUAAGAAACAAGCAAGAAUGAAGAGAGAUGUGGGGGAGAGACUGCUGGUCUCCAGACCACAGAAAUGUAUUUUAAAAUAAGAGGAAAUAUUUUAACUGCAGAAGGGAUAUAAAAUAUAAAUCUAUGUAAUUACAUGCUGAUGGGAUCCAUUGCACCCAGGUUUUUGACCUUGGCCUGUAGAUGCUAGACUAUGAUAUCUUGUUACUCUUUUUCUCCUUUGGGCUUUUACAAAAUGAUUUCAUUCUCAGAUCAUUUUCUGUGCUGUUUACUGAGGCAAAAAAAAAAAAAAAAAUCUGAAGCCAAUCAUGGUCUUCUACUUUCUGGACUAAGCAUUUGGCAGAAUGCAGUAUCUUUUCUUGUGUUUUGACAUGAAAUAGCACAUGGCUUCUACAAGAUAGUUUCAACUUGUUGGGGUCACUGGGAGUUAUAUGAUGAUUAAGCCCUUUUCCUAAAAUUCAUUGUGGUAGUUUUAGUGGAAAACGUAAAUCAAGAAAUCUUAUAUCGUAUUUUAAUAAAUGAAUACCAAAUACAUAGUGAAAUAUAGGUUUGGGAAGAAACUAGUCUGUGGGGACCAUUGUGAGAGAAUCACAUUAUAUAUUACACAGUAUAUGGAUAUUGGAAUGUAUCACUGGGGGAGGGGGUUCUCUUCAUUAGCAGAACAGUCAUGUCUACCUGUAUAUAACACUUUUUUUUUUUUUUUUAACCAAACUAGCAUUUCAUUUUGUGAGUGACAAUUGACAUUUAAAAGUAACAUAGGCCAGGCAUAGUGGCUUACGCCUGUAAUCUCAGCCCUUGGGAGGCCGAGGUGGAUGGAUCACUUCAGGUCAGGAGUUCGAGACCAGCCUGGCCAACAUGGUGAAACCCCGUCUCUGCUAAAAAAAUAAAAUAAGCAUAUCUGGGCCAGGCGCGGUGGCUCACGCCUGUAAUCCCAGCACUUUGGGAGGCUGAGGAGUUCGAAACCAGCCUGGCCAACAUGGCAAAACCCUGUCUCUACUAAAAAUACAAAAAUUAGCCAGGUGUGGUAGUACAUGCCUGUAAUCCCAGCUACUCGGGAGGCUGAGGCAGGAGAAUUGCUUGAACUGGGGAGACCGAGGUUGCAGUGAGCCGAGAUUGCACCACUGCACUCCAGCCUGGGUGACAGAGUGAGACUUUGACUCAAAAAGUAGAAUAAGCGUUUCUGGAUUUUUCUUUUGAAUUCUUGACUGUAAGUUUGAGAAUGUAUGUUUUUGGAAUUCUACAGUUGACUCAAGUGUGAAAGUAUCACAAGUGAUUUUUCUUUUCUAGCUAUGUGAAUGUAAAAUACUUGCAGAUAAUGUAUAUAUUGUGUAACAUAUGUAUAUUUGGUCAUAAAAGCAGAUAAUUGGAAACAUUGUAAAAUUAAGCACUUUAAUUCCUAUUAAAUAUUAAACAUUUGUAUCUUGUAAAUAAAUAUAUCCUUAAAUUAA